GGGGCGCGGGGCCGCCGAAGCCGCGGAACGUGGGCUCGCGCCCCGCCUUUGUCUCCCGGGCGCGAGCCGCCGUAGCCCCGCGCCGGCCGCUCGUUGCCGGAGCCGCUUUGUGCCGCGGCGCGGCGGACGGGGAACGUGGGGCGCUAGCCGGCGGGCGCAGCCUCAGCAUGGACCUGACUGUCUCGGAGCUCAUGGAGCUCUUCCUGCAGAGCCCGCUGGUGACCUGGGUGAAAACUUUGGGCCCGUUCGGAAGCGGCAACCAGGACAACCUGACUAUGUACAUGGAUUUAGUGGAUGGCAUCUUUUUGAACCAAAUCAUGUUGCAAAUAGACCCCAGGCCUACAAAUCAACGCAUCAACAAGCACGUGAACAACGACGUGAACCUGCGCAUCCAGAACUUGACCAUCCUGGUGAGGAACAUUAAGACCUACUACCAGGAAGUGCUCCAGCAGCUGAUUGUGAUGAAUUUGCCCAAUGUUUUGAUGAUUGGCAAAGACCCGCUGUCUGGGAAGAGUAUGGAGGAAGUGAAGAAAGUGCUGCUGCUGCUGCUGGGCUGUGCUGUCCAGUGUGAGAAGAAAGAGGAGUUUAUUGAAAGAAUCAAACAGCUGGACAUUGAGACCCAAGCCGGGAUUGUGGCCCAUAUCCAGGAGGUGACCCACAACCAGGAGAACGUGUUUGACCUGCAGUGGUUGGAGGUCCCGGAUGUGGCCCCAGAGGAGCUGGAGACCCUUUCCAGGAACAUGGUGUUUCACCUCCGGAGGCUCAUAGAUGAGCGAGACGAGCGCACAGAGCUGAUCGUGGACCUCACUCAGGAGCGGGACUACCUGCAGGCACAGCAGCCUCUGAGCCCCCUCAGGCCCUCCAGCUCCGAGUCCACCCCCAGCCCGACCAGCAGCCUCUCCAGCGAGGACAAGCAGCACCUGGCCGUGGAGCUGGCGGACACCAAGGCCAAGCUGCGCCGUGUCAGGCAGGAGCUGGAGGAGAAGACAGAGCAGCUUGUGGACACCAGGCAUGAGGUGGAUCAGCUGGUGCUAGAGCUGCAGAAGGUCAAGCAGGAGAACAUCCAUCUGGCGGCUGACGCCCGGUCUGCUCGUGCCUACCGCGAUGAGCUGGACUCGCUGAGGGAGAAGGCGAACCGUGUGGAGAGGCUGGAGCUGGAGCUGGGGCGCUGCAGGGAGAAGCUGCACGACGUGGACUUCUACAAGGCCCGUAUGGAGGAGCUGAGAGAAGAUAAUAUCAUUUUAAUUGAAACCAAGUCCAUGCUGGAGGAACAGCUGACGGCUGCUCGGGCCCGGGGCGAUAAAGUUCACGAGCUGGAGAAAGAGAACCUGCAGCUGAAAUCGAAGCUUCACGACCUGGAAUUGGACCGGGACACAGACAAGAAGCGCAUUGAGGAGCUGCUGGAAGAAAACAUGGUGCUGGAGAUCGCACAGAAGCAGAGCAUGAACGAGUCCGCCCACCUGGGCUGGGAGCUGGAGCAGCUGUCCAAGAAUGCAGACCUGUCCGACGCCUCCAGGAAGUCGUUUGUGUUUGAGCUGAAUGAAUGCGCCUCCAGCCGCAUCCUGAAGCUGGAGAAGGAGAACCAGAGCCUGCAGAGUGCCAUCCAGGGGCUGCGGGACGCGUCGCUGGCGCUGGAGGAGAACAGCCUCAAGUGCGGGGAGCUGGAGAAGGAGAACCAGCAGCUCAGCAAGAAGAUUGAAAAGCUACAGACCCAGCUGGAGAGAGAGAAGCAGAGCAACCAGGAUUUGGAGACCCUCAGUGAGGAGCUGAUCAAAGAGAAAGAACAGCUACAGAGUGACAUGGAGACCCUGAAGGCUGACAAAGCCAGGCAGAUCAAGGAUCUUGAGCAAGAAAAGGAUCAUCUCAACCAAGUUGUGUGGUCGCUGCGGGAGAGGUCGCAGGUGAGCAGCGAGGCCCGCGUGAAGGACAUUGAGAAGGAGAACAAAGUCCUCCACCAGACGGUGACGGAGACCAGCAGCAAGCUCAGCAAGCUGGAGUUUGAGAAGCAGCAGCUGCACAGGGACCUGGAGCAGGUGAGGGAGAAGGUGGAGCGGGUGGAGGAGCUGGAGAAGGAGCUGCACCGGCUGGAGAAGGAGAAUGAGAAGCUGGCCACGGAGGUCUCCUCCCUGAAGGCGGCCGCCGAGAAGGCGGACGUCCUGGAGCGUGAGAGCCGCGGCCUGACGCUGGAGAACCGGACGCUGAGGAAGUCGCUGGACACCCUGCAGAAUGUGUCGGUGCAGCUCGAGGGGCUGGAGCGAGCCAACAAGCAGCUGGACGAGGAGAACCUGGAGCUGCGUGGGAUGGUGGAGACCAUGCGCUUCACCAGCGCCAAGAUGGCUCAGAUCGAGAGGGAGAACCAGGAGCUGGAGCGGGAGAAGGAGGAGCUAAGGAAAAACGUGGAGCUGCUGAAGGCCCUGAGCAAGAAGUCGGAGCGCCUGGAGCUCAGCUACCAAAGCGUGAGCACCGAGAACCUCCGGCUGCAGCAGACCCUGGAGAGCAGCGGCCAGAAGGCGCAGGCGCUGGAGCGCGAGCUCGGGGAGCUGGAGGCAGAAAACCGGGCCCUGCAGCGGGACCUGGAGGCCCUCCGGCUCACCAACCAGCAGCUGGAGAGGGCCGAGAAGGACAAGAAGACCCUGGAGCAGGAGGUGGCCCAGCUGGAGAAAGACAGGAAACUGCUGGAAAAGGAGGUGAAGCGGCUGUGGCAGCAGGUGGAGCUCAAGGACGCCGUCUUGGACGACAGCACCGCCAAGCUGUCUGCUGCCGAGAAGGAGAGCCGGGCCCUGGACAGGGAGCUGGCCCGCUGCAGGGACGCGGCCACCAAGCUGAAGGAGCUCGAGAAGGACAACAGGGACCUCACCAAGCAAGUCACCAUGCACACAAGGACGCUGACGACCCUGAGAGAGGACCUGGUGCUGGAGAAACUGAAGAGCCAGCAGCUGACCAGUGAGCUGGACAAACUGAGCCAGGAGCUGGAGAAGGUCGGCUUCCACAAGGAGCUGCUGUUGCAGGACGACGACAGCAACAGCGAUGUAAAAUACAAGAUUUUGGAAGGCAGGAAUGAGUCAGUAUUAAAAACAACACUGGCCAUGAAAGAAGAAAAGAUUGUGUUCUUAGAAGCACAGAUGGAAGAGAAAGCCAGUCUGAAUCACCAGUUACAGAACGAGCUCCAGGUGCUAAAGAAGGAGUGUGAGAUCCUCAGACAGACCCAGGAAGAGGGGAAGCACCUGCAGAAUUCUUUCAAACACCCUGCGGGGACGUUGGUCUCUGGGCACCAGGGAAAGGAGAGCUGGGGGCCGAGCCACAAGGAAGCCACCAUGGAGCUUCUCCGAGUGAAGGACCGGGCCAUCGAGCUGGAACGGAACAACGCGGCUCUGCAGGCUGAGAAGCAGCUGCUCAAGGAACAGCUGCAGCAUUUGGAGACCCAGAACGUGGCCUUCAGCAGUCAGAUCCUGACGCUGCAGAAACAGAGCGCCUUCCUGCAGGAGCACAACACGACGCUGCAGACCCAGACGGCCAAGCUGCAGGUGGAGAAUUCCACGCUCAGCUCGCAGAGUGCCUCACUCACGGCGCAGUACACACUGUUCCAGAACCAGCAGGCGGCCAAGGAGAGCGAGCACGAGAACCUACAGAAGCAGCAGGAGCGGCUGGCCGCCGCCUACGAGGCGCUGCUGCAGGACCACGAGCACCUGGGCACGCUGCAUGAGCGCCAGUCGGCGGAGUACGAGGCCCUCAUCCGCCAGCACAGCUGCCUGAAGACGCUGCAUCGCAGCCUGGAGCUGGAGCACAGGGAGCUCGGGGAGAGGCACGAGGAGAUGCUGAAGCACAAGGCGGAGCUGGAGGAGCUGGAGAAGGCUCUGCACACCGAGCGGGAGGCUCUGCAGCAGGAGCAGAGGACCAGUGCCAUCGCCGCCAGCGAGAACCAGAGGCUGCAGGGAGAGCUGGACAGGGUCAAUUUCCUGCACCAGCAGCUGAAGGGCGAGUACGAGGAGCUGCACACCCACACUAAGGAGCUGAAAACCUCGCUGAACAACUCGCAGCUGGAGCUGAACCGCUGGCAGGCCCGUUUCGACGAGCUGAAGGGGCAGCACCAGAGCAUGGACAUCUCGCUGGCCAAGCUGAACAACCACUGUGAGCUGCUGUCCCGUCUCAAGGGGAACUUGGAGGAAGAAAAUCAUCACCUCCUGAGCCAGAUCCAGCUCUUGAGCCAGCAGAACCAGAUGCUUCUGGAGCAGAACAUGGAGAACAAGGAGCAGUACCACGAGGAGCAGAAGCAGUACAUAGACAAAUUAAAUGCCUUACGGAGACAUAAGGAAAAACUGGAAGAAAAAAUCAUGGAUCAGUACAAGUUUUAUGAUCCUGCUCCAAAGAAGAAAAACCACUGGAUUGGAGCCAAAGCCUUAGUCAAACUCAUCAAGCCAAAGAAAGAGGGUUCCAGAGAGCGACUGAAGUCAACCACAGACAGCCCCCCCUGGCAGCUGGAAUCCCCAGACCCGGCCUCGCCCUCUGCUGCUCAGCCUCUCAGAUCACAGCCGGAGCCCCCCGAGACCACCCCGUCAGGCUCAAACUGUGUAGAAGAGCGAGACGCCCACAACGGGCCCACAGGGAAAGGCCCUGGGGACCUAAAACCAAGGCGAGGGUCCCCGCAUGGAGGCAGCCUUGACCACGCGGAUGCCUCCGCUGACCCUGCCGUGAAGCCCUGGCCCUCAGAGCUGGGCUCCCGGACCUGUUCAUCCUCAGCCGUCACUACAGCCCCUUCCAGCUCCACCCCCAUCUCCCGGCACCCAGGCCGUACCAAAGGCUAUAAUUCAGAUGACAGCCUCUGUGAGCCGUCCCUGGAGCUCGAGUUCACCAACCACAGGCAGUACGUGUCCCGGCCAGGUAGCUUAGAGAGCAGUAGAAAUGCGUCCAGCGACAGCUCACCUCUUAACCUGAAAGGUUCGUCCGACCAGCUCCACGGCAGGUCUGAGAGCUUCAGCAGUGAAGACCUGAUCCCCAGCAGGGACACAGCGACUGUGCCCCGGGAUACCAGCACCCCAGGACGUACCGCCCUCGGCCGCCAUGAGUACCCCCAACCCCGGGAGAGGAACGGGCCUCUCCCCCAGGAGGGCAUCCAGAAGAGGGGUGCGGCCCAGCCCCAUGGCGGGGUGCGGCCCUGCUCCUCCUCCCCCAGCAGCGAGAUGGUCACCCUGGAGGAGUUUCUGGAGGAGAGCAACCGGGGCGCCGCCACCCCCGACACUCCCAGUUGCCGGGAUGACCUGCUAAGUGACUACUUCAGAAAGGCCAAUGAUCCCCCGGCCAUCAGAGGCCAGCCGGGACCACCUGCCAGGAAAGAAGGGGCCAAGAUGCCCACCAGCUUUGUGGCCCCCACCAUCAAGAUGGCUGUCAACACCUCUGAGGGGAAGCUGCUGAAGCCUGGGCAGUAUGUGAAGCCAAGCUUCAGACCUAGUGAGGCUGAGGCCUCACCCAGUGCCCCGCUGCGGCAGGUCCAGCCUCCCCAGAGCCUUUCCCUGGGCAGACCCCGGCCGGCCGCUCUGCCCCCGGCUGCCCACACACCUGCCAGCCGGAGCGCUUCCCUGAGCCGAGCCUACAGCCUGGCCUCAGCCGACCUUCUUCGGGCCACUGGGCCAGAGGUCUGCAAACAGGAGUCCCCUCAGAAGCCAGGGGGUACAGAGGCCUCCGGGAGCAGAGAGACGGGCAGCCAUACCCUGCAAAGCCAUACAGCCCCCAGUUCCCAAAGCCUGGCCCGGGAGCGGACCCCACUUAUGGGAAAGGCUGGUGGCUCCUGUCAGGGCCCGGGCCCCCGAAACCGGCCGCUGGACCUGCGGCGCUUCUCACUGGCUCCCCCAAAGGAGGAGAGGCUGGCUCCCUUGCAGCAGUCCGCCACGGCCCCAGCCCUUGCCACUGGAGGUGGCAGUGAUGGUGGCUGUGGCAGCAACUCCCAGCUCCAGCACUUUUCACCUGCUGCAAACCCAGCUGCCAGGACUAAGCCGCAAACCCCCCAGCACUCAGGGGAGGUGGUCGCCGUCACCCCUGUCCGGGCAGGGCUCAGCCUCUCAGAGGGUGACGGGGUCCCAGGACAGGGCCACAGUGAGGGGCUCCCUGCCAAGAGCCCUGGCAGGUCUCCUGACUUGGCUCCCCACGUCAGCCGGGCCCCUGAGGACUUCAGUCGUGGAAACAACUCAAAGAGCACCCCGGCGUCCCCAGAGCCGGGUGGGGACCAGCAGACUGUGUGGUAUGAGUAUGGCUGCGUGUGACUCAUCUCCUGGCCCCAUGUGACUCCUGAACCUUAAAGCUACUGGCGCGCCUUCUGAUGACAAUGGCCUUGUUUCCUACCUGCCUGUGGUGCCAGGGAAGGGUUUUAGAAUAAGGAAAGGGGUUCCCUGCGUUUCUUUUGUUUGUUUUGUUAAUGAAAACACUGUGCCAAGCCCUAAGGGGAUCCCACUCCCUGGUGUGGAACACUUGUCUUCCGUAUCCGUAGCCUCCAACAGCUGGUAUCUUUUGAACAAAUCCACUUUGGCCUGGGGACGCUCAUAACGCAGUGAGAAAACUGACUUGCCCCAAAGUACACACUAUUUGAGCGUGUCCCUUAGAACACUUGUUUGCAACUUGUUGACCUCCAUUAAAGUAUGCGUGUGUGUGUGUGCACGUGCGUGCACGCACACACACACACACACACACACACACAAGCUCACAGGGCUGAGCCCUAGUGGGUCUGGAAACUCUACUCCCUUUCCCAGAAGCCAUUUGACCUGGGAUAAGCCCAGUCUGGCCAAACUACAAAGACCAUGAGGCUCUAGGUGGACCCCAGAGUCAGGCUCACUGUUUAGAGCUAGGAGUGUUGCCCUGCUAUCCCUGGGGUCCCAUGCACUUCCCUUUACCUCAGGGCCAUAGUGGCCUUCUAGGCAGGUGACAGGUGGCCUGACACAUUUGCCUGCCCUGCUUUUCCUGGCUCACUUUUCUGCAAACACUGGAUCUGCUGGGCCUGGGAGGUGGGGCCGAGAGAAGCCCCGCCCCGGCCUCCCUCCUCACCCCCAGCAAGUAUACAUAGUGUAUAGAGGGUAAGCGUGUGCGAGAGUGAGGUGCACGCCUGAUUUAGGUGGCUGUAGCACUCCAAUUUCCCCCAUCUCGAGUGAGAUGCUGAUGUUGUUUCUGAAUAAUUUCUUACGGUAGAAACCAAAUUUCUUUUAAUAUAUUACUUAUAUGUGUACACACUCGUGUGAAAUACAUAUGCCCUGAGGGGGGAAUCUAUUUAUGUUCCAUUGGGAGUCAUUUUCCACCAGGAGUCUCACCUGCUGCUUUGUGUAUUUGGUCAGAUUCCUGACUUGUUUUGUUUCCUACUUAGUAAAGGUGCUCUUCCUGAA